CACCUACAGCAAUUUUUUAUUUGUCAAUAAAAAGAAUUUACGUAAUAGAAAAGGAAGUUUAUGAUAUUUAUUUUGGAGAAUAUAGUACCGGAAAUGAUGAUGUGACAUUUUUUGGAACAGAAAUUGAUGUAAGGCCUAUCCUGAUACUUGUUAAAAUAAUUGAUGCAUUUGUUGUGAAUAAUAUCCCUCUUAAGGAUGUGAACAAUACUUCUGAUAGAGAUGAAUAUAAGAAAAUUGAUAAAUAUCUUGAAGAAAAUUUAGAAUCCGAGAAAAAACAAGAAAAAGAAAUGGUUUAUUACAGAGCAAGUGUGAUAUUUUCCACAAUAAGUCAAAAAAACGAAAAGGAACGUUCGUUUUUUGAAAAUCAACUUAAUAAGGCGAUUAAUAACCGAAAAAAAGAGAAUGUUAAUCUUGAAAAAAUUC